AUGAUGAUGCGAAAGAGCUUGGGAAAGACAUUGGCUUCGGCCGCCGCAGGCAUUGUCUGCUGGGCGGGUGCGGAAGCUCGGCUUACGGACUUUGUCGACCCUUUGAUCGGUACGGUGGGACCAACGCCGGGCUCUACCAUCGCAGGAGGCAACUCGUUCCCUGGCGCUGCACUGCCGUGGGGCAUGGUAAAGGCAGGCAUUGAUACGAGCUAUCUCGGUCUUCCAGAGGGUUUGGGCAAUGACUGUAAUGCCGGUUACAGCCCAAUUGGAAACGUCACCGCCGUGAGCCUGACGCAUGUCAGCGGGACCGGAGGAGUGCCAACUUACGGACUAAUCUCGCAAAUGCCGCUGCUCGGAAGCCUCGAAGGAAUCAACCUGGGCGACAACACGACGUACUGGCAAAACCGGACCCUCGACCUCGAAAGCGCCACCGUCGGCCACUUCUCCACGACGCUGCUGAACGGCAUCAAGAUCGACAUCACCUCCAGCAACCAUUCCGCCCUCAUCCGCUACACCUUCCCUCCCGCGUCCUCUUCUUCCUCCAACACCUCCACCCCAGCCCUCUCCUCCUCCCCCAACACCGCCCACGUCCUCAUCGACCUCACCCACGUCCUCCCCGCCUGGGACUGGGACGCGCAAUCCUACUCGCAAAAAUACCACUCCGGCUCCCUGCACAUCCGCGGCGGCAACGACGACGACGCCGACCAGCAGCCUUCCUACUUCGGCACCGCCUCCUACACCGGCGGCUGGUCGCAGCCGGCCAUCCACACGCUGCAUUUCUGCGGCAACUUCAGCGCUCCCGCCGCGUCCGCCUCCGCCGGCACGUUCAGCUUCCCCUACAACCCGGCCAUCCCGCCAUCCGACGCGCCGGCCGUAAGGCCGUACGCGGACGUGUACACGGUUGCGGGCUCUGGGAUGGGGAUUGGAGGGCUGUUUAGUUGGAGCUGGGAAGACGAUGCGGUCAGCGGCGGCAAUGGGACUGAGGGGCUGGUGCUGGAGGCGCGGGUGGGGAUAUCGUAUACGUCGGCGGAGAAGGCGUGCGGGUAUGUGGAGGAGGAGUUGCCGGCAAGCGUUGGUUUUGAGGAGGUGGUGGAAAGGGCGAGGGGGGAGUGGGAGGAGAGGGUGUUGGGGAGUGUGGUUGUUGAUGAGGAAGGAGAGGUGGGCGGGGGCAAUGAUACGUUGAAGCGCAUGCUGUACUCGGCGUUGUACCAGACGGGUCUCAUGCCGUCGGAUAAGACGGGGGAGAAUCCGUGGUGGGAGUCUGACGCGGAGAAGCCGUAUUUUGAUGAUCACUACACGCUCUGGGACACCUACCGCACCACCCUCCCCCUCUACCACCUCCUCUUCACCUCAACCUACACCCGCAUCCUCAAAGGCCUCAUCAACAUCUUCCGCUACGAAGGCUACCUCCCCGCCGGCCGCGCCGCCAACUGGAACGGCCGCGUCCAAGGCGGCACGCACGCCGACACGGUCCUCGCCGACGCCUUCGUCAAGUCCGUCCGCUCGCUGUCCAUUAACACCACCGGCCUCCACGAGCUCGCACUCUCCCCCACCGACUGGGCCGACGCCUACGCCGCCCUCGUCAAGGACGCCGACGUCGCCCCGGCGCACAACAUCGACCCCGUCGCCUUCGACGGCGCGACCAAGGAGGGCCGCGGCGCGCUGGAAGAGUACCUGCGCCUCGGCUACCUGACGCGCAACCACACGCGCAGCCUCAGCCGCGGCGUCGAGUAUCCGCAGAACGACUUCGCCGUCUGGAGCGUGGCGGCUGGGCUAGCUUCUGGCGCGGUCAACGGCACGACGGUGGAUGUUGCGGAUGAGGAUGUGGCGCGUUACCGCGACCGCGCGGACUGGUGGCAGGGGCAGUGGAAUCCGCACGCGAACACGACGCUGGAUGGCGUCGGGACGUUUACGGGGUUCGUGGGGGCAAGGGAUGCGGAUGGCCAGUGGAACUUUACGGAGUAUGAUCCGCGGAGCUGUGGGAAGUGUGGGUGGGGCAGCGAUAUCUAUGAGGCGAAGGUGUGGGAGACGAGUUUUGCGGCGGCGCCGCAUGAUAUGGCGAAGGUGGUGGAGUUGAUGGGGGGUGAUGAGGCGUUUGUGAAGAGGCUGGAUGCUAGUUUCCUUCCCGGCUUUGGGACGAGUGUUGGUGCGAAUAAUGAUGCUGGGUCGGCGUUGUUUAACCCUGGCAACGAACCGUCCUUUGCAACCCCCUUCCUCUACAACUACGUUCCGGGCUAUAAUUGGAAGGCCGUCAACCAAUCCCGCUCCAUCGUAGAUACGUUCUACAGCGAUGCACGCAAUGGCUACCCCGGCAAUAUCGACAGCGGUGCCAUACCGUCCUGGCUCAUAUUCAACCUGAUUGGUUUGUUCCCCGUUGCAGGCCAGCCGCUCUACCUCCUCGGUACUCCGCGCUUCUCCUCGCUCACACUCCGUCUCUUCGAUGGCACGCCGCACACAACGUCGCUGCAGAUCAAGGCCGUCAACAUGUCCGACACAUCGGUCUAUCCACAGCGUGUGACGCUGAACGGACUUGCUCUAGACCGGGCAUGGCUGUCGCACGCGGAGAUCGCGAAGGGUGGGGAGCUCGUCUUCGAGAUGGGUGCUGAGCCGGCAAAGUGGGAUAAUGGCGAAAGGCCGUGGUCGUUGAGUCCGUGGUAA